AUUUCAAAAUGGCAGACGAUGAGGACUAUGAAAAAUUGGCGCAUCAACAGAAACUGAAGGCUGCCGUCCACUACACUACAGGACAGAUAUGUGAGGAGUUUGCCGAGGAGGAAGAGGUCACUUAUAGCAGACAGUUCAUAGCAGCCGUCACAGAGGCCGCAUACAAACAGAUACAGUCAUAUGGCAGGGACUUGGAGCUGUUUGCUAGGCAUGCCAAGAGGAUGACCAUUCAGCCUGAUGAUGUGAAGUUACUUGUGAGGAAAACCCCACAACUGCAUGAAUACAUCAGUCAGUUGUGUAAGGAUGAUGAAGAAGACAAUGGACAGAAGAAAAAACGGGGAAAGUCAACGAAUAAAGGAGGCAAGAAAAAAACAAGUUCAACAUUGACUGACACUACAAAUAUAGGAGAAGACUCCAGUGAAUCACGCCUGUUCCAGGACAGUUGACAUGGUAUUGAGGAGAGGUUUAUGGUAAAAGUUUUGCUACAUGUCACAGUUAUAGGAUAAUGAUCCUCAGAGAAGGGUGUGUUGGAUCAGGCAAAAAACUUAGACUAAAGGCUUGACUUAAAUUUUGUGUCACUAUUUUUAUGUUUUCGUAAUUGGUGAUGUGUUGUUUUGAAAGUAGUGUUAUAAAAAGCACAUAACAAAAAGCAAAUAUGUUAGUCAAUCAAAGGUAUUCUGAACUAAACCUCUUCUUGAACAUCAUAGUUGAAACAACAGCUACAUCUGUCUGAAAGAUUUAAUGUCUUUAUUGAGAUCUUGUUAAUAUUUAAUCAGACCUCUUUUGUGUUUCCAUAUAUUGAACAAAUCAUUGUUUCAGUUAGAUCAUCCAUACGUUAUGUAAAAAGAAUCAGCAGUAUGUACCAGGUACAUAGAUAAACUUUUAAGGUCUUUUUUCAUAAACAGUUGACUGUACACAUAAAACAAUUGAACGUUUAAGUCAUGAUUAAAAAAUAUUUAUAUGAAAUUCACAAAAAAAUCUGUUGCUUCUUGAUAUGCAAAAAAAUUAGCCUUAACCAAAAUAAUACACUGAGUAAAAAUGUUUUGUAGAACAAACCACUGUUUACUUGUUCAAGUAAAAUACACAUUUCAAAUAUAUGAAACUUAUUGCUUUUGUUUGUUGCUUCAACAACAUUCGACAAAUUGCACAACGUAUAUUGCUAUUUAUCCAAUAAUAUCAGGUGCUUAUACAUAUUUUAUACACCGAGCAAAAAAUAUAAAUGCCCCAUGCAAUACCUGAAGCAUUUUAUCAGCAUUAUGUGUUUCAUAUGCAUUAAAUCAUACAAAGUAAAUUUUGUUCAAAGUGCUACAGAUCACUGUCUGUAGCCCAUUACAUGUUGUUAUUGACAUGGGGAAUUUAUAUUUUUGCUCAGUAUAUGAUAUACUUUUGGCACAAUCAAGGGAUUCUUUGGUGUUUCAUCAUUAAGUAGUAAAAAGAAUCUAUAUAAUGAUAUAAAAGUCUAAAAGGAGUUCUCAAAUCUACAAUAUUACUAAUUUGAAAUAUAGAGAAUGAACUUUAAAUUUGUGUAAAAUUGUUUGAAUUGAUGCAUUCUGUGAUAUAUUUAAUGUAAUGUAAUUGUUAUACAUGUACCAGUUGAUUAUCGUUUCUAAAAAAAAAACAAGAACUUCUGUUUACUGGUGGUCUGGAAAUAUCCUUUUAAUUUGUUUUGUAUGCUUCUGUUAGGCAUAAUGGGUGACGUGACCAGCUGACAUCUUCAACAACUGUACAUGUAUAACAAAAGCACACUGAUCUGAAAACAGUCUUUGUAUACCAAGUCAUACCUUGGACUAAGACCCAAGUCCCUGCAGUAUUUAACUCCAGGAGUAUUUAAAAAGAUGCCAAAGCACUUCUAAAGCACUUCAGACCAUAAGUAAGCAAUUUUCCCUAGCAAAUAGCCUGAGCUUCAGACAUUUAUUUUUUUAACAAAAUUUUAACUCUAAAAAACUGAAGAAUAUAAGUCUUUUAUAUAAACCUAGUAUGACAUUUCUGAGGCCCACAUAAAGAAAGCAGGCUUAAUAUCAAUCUAUUUCCCAACUGUACCACAUGGGGACUUCAUAUAAGAUCUAAAAUAUUUAGACUCUGACUGCCUUUGAUCGGUUCAUCUGAUAACUUUCCAAAACAUAUUUUUGGAAGGAAUUCACUCUAUAGUCUUGUUUUUAUCAUUAUACAAAAUUAAAUUUGUUCAUUUCAUUUCGCAUGGCCAAACUGAUGAGAAGCAUGCAUCUUCACAUUUUCAUUUUUUCCAUUUUUCUAACCAUUCCAUACAUACUCUUCACAUUUAUUUCACAAUGGUAGUGAUCCCAUAAAUCAAGGA